AUGUCGUCUGACUCGGGAUCUGUGAGUGCGUCGCCGACAUCAGCCUCGACGUCAUCGGCGUCCUCGACCGGGCGAUCAGGACGGUCGACUAGCAGCAGUAGUAACAGCGACAACAACACCAAUCUGCGAAGGGCAGAGCGGGCGAGGCGAAGGCAGCGGCAGACCAAGCAGCGGCGGCCAUCGCCCGAUCUGAGCUCGACAUCCGAGGACGAGUUCAGGGGGAAAAAUCGCCGUAGCCGGGGCAAAGGCAAAGGCAAGGAGGGCAAGGGCAAGGGCAAGGGCGACCAUGGGCGGGCCGAUGAGCCUCAUGUGGAGCCGCGGUACUAUGCACUGCAGAGCAGGGAUGAGAUCUCGCUCUCUGAACUGCUUGGCGAGGACAGUAGCGGCCUGGAUUGGCUCUCGGCGGCGGGGCUGAUGCCCCGCCGGCGGCGACGGAUUGAAGCUGUGUUGUUCUGCGACGCCCACAACGUGCUCGAGGUCGGCGGCGAGCUCAACGGAGCUGUGGUAGCAUUGUUGAACAAGGCCAUGGCUGCAGGCGUCUACGUUGUGGUACUCUCGUGGGUCGGCUGGACCUCGCUAGCCAAGGUCGCCCAAGACAUUGCCCACAUGGCCGCCGGUCUUGGCUCUGGCACCUGCUCCGGCUCUGGUUCUGGCUCCGGCUCCGACUCUGGCUCUGGCGGGCUGCGACUGGACCACCGGGUGCCGAUUGUGACAUGCACGGGCAAUCGAGUGGCCAAGAUGGCGCUGGUGGGGAUGGUGGCCGACGUACUCGAACAGCCUGUGGCUCUCCUCGAUGACUCGGACCGCAAUCUCGAGGCCGCCUUUUCAACGAGCAACAUGGCAGCUGUGGCCGAGGGCUUUGGCGUGAUGCCAUCGAUCACUGGUCUUUACAUGCUGUAUGUCAAGAAGGGAACUCGUGCAGAGGGCGGUGUCGUUUCGGGACGACAGUACAAGCGGCGGGUCCGCAAGACCGUCGAGAGCGCGCUCGCCCGUACGUCCUCGCCCACACAGUGA